GAUUACUUUCCACGACUUGAAAUAUAUAUCCUUCGGAUGCCCAGUUCACUACACGAAAGCCUCGGAUCUUAUAUUAUGCAAGAGCUCCUACGCCAAUUGGGUGCAAUUGCCCAAGGCAAUAGUCCUUCAGCUAUAUUUGCAAGAAACAUAAAAAAUAGUGCAUCCGCGGAAAUAAGCUUUGAGGAUAUUGAAUACAGUUCGCAUCAGCCAGAUGCCUCAUUUCAACAUUUCGAAGCACAAUUUCCAGGUGUCAUCCUCGAAUUGUCCUGUUCACAAAAAAAGCAAGAUCUUUCACGUUUAGCACACGAGUAUAUCCUUGGGUCAGAUGCCGAUAUUCGUAUCGUAAUUGGCAUCGACGUAGAGUAUAAAGGAAGCAAGAAGGCAUCUGUCUCAAUCUGGCGUCCACGUAUUGAAGUCAAUGAUGCUGGAGAGAAGGAGUUAUCUGUUGUGCAGACAAUUACGGACCAGGCAUGUUCGCCAUGA